AGAGCUGUUCACAGUACGCUUUUUUCUAGCUAGCAUUGAAUAAUUGGAGAAUUUGAGCAGGGUGUGAAGUGUAUGUUUUAUUAAUGACAGUAGACUAUUUUGUGUGUGGGUCUGUAUGUUAUUAGCUAACAUUUUGGUUAGUGGUGCAUUAGUAAGCUAGCUAAUUGAAUGUACGCCACAUAAUAUAGACAUGCCAUUUACAAGCAUGCAACAAAUAUACAAGUUGUAUUUUUGACCUUAAAGUAGAAUGUAGAAAAUAAUUGAAUAAUAUCUCAAUGUAAUUUAAUUUGUAAUAACAAAACAAGUUUUUCCCUGACUUCAGUGUUGUGCCACCCGGAACUGCUUAUUUCGUAUUGCGUCCCUCCCAGUUUCUCUCGCAGCCAAGUCAGACCCGUCUGCCCGCAGCAGCCAGCUAGCUUCUCAGCAAGGCCACUGCGGGAAGAUGGCGACGGAUAAACAGAAACAUGAAGGUAGAGUGAAGAUUGGACAUUAUAUUCUUGGAGACACACUUGGAGUGGGGACGUUCGGAAAAGUUAAAGUGGGCCAGCAUGAGCUGACCAAGCACCAAGUGGCCGUGAAGAUCCUGAACAGGCAGAAGAUCCGCAGUUUGGACGUGGUGGGCAAGAUCCGCCGGGAGAUCCAGAACCUGAAGCUGUUCAGGCAUCCCCACAUCAUUAAGCUGUACCAGGUGAUAAGCACGCCCACAGACAUCUUCAUGGUGAUGGAGUACGUCUCCGGAGGAGAGCUCUUUGACUACAUCUGCAAAAACGGAAAGCUGGAGGAGAAGGAGAGCCGCCGUCUGUUCCAGCAGAUCAUCUCGGCCGUGGACUACUGCCACAGACACAUGGUGGUCCACAGGGACCUCAAGCCUGAGAACGUGCUGCUGGACGCUCAGAUGAACGCCAAAAUCGCCGACUUCGGGCUGUCCAACAUGAUGUCAGACGGAGAGUUUUUGCGGACGAGUUGUGGUUCGCCAAACUACGCCGCCCCCGAGGUCAUCUCCGGAAGGCUCUACGCCGGUCCAGAGGUGGACAUCUGGAGCAGCGGGGUGAUCCUGUACGCUCUGCUGUGCGGCACGCUGCCCUUCGACGACGACCACGUGCCCACGCUCUUCAAGAAGAUCUGCGACGGGAUCUUCUUCACGCCGCAGUACCUGAACCCCGCCGUGAUCAGCCUGCUCAAGCACAUGCUCCAGGUGGAUCCCAUGAAGAGAGCCACCAUCAAAGAGAUCCGGGAGGACCAGUGGUUCAAAGAGGACCUUCCCAAGUACCUGUUCCCAGAGGACCCGUCCUACAGCAACAACAUGAUCGACGACGAGGCCCUGAAGGAGGUGUGCGAGAAGUUCGAGUGCUCCGAGGAGGAGGUGCUUACCUGCCUCUACAGCCGCAACCACCAGGACCCGCUGGCGGUGGCCUACCACCUCAUCAUCGACAACCGCCGCAUCAUGAGCGAGGCGAAGGACUUCUACCUGGCCUCCAGCCCGCCGGACUCUUUCCUGGACGACCAGCACCUCACCGCGUCCUCCGCCUCCGCUGCCGGCAUCAAGCCCCACCCCGAGCGGGUGGCGCCCUUCUUGGUGGCCGAGACCACGCCCAGGCCCCGGCACACGCUGGACGAGCUGAACCCCCAGAAGUCGAAGCACCAGGGGGUGAGGAGGGCCAAGUGGCACCUGGGGAUCCGGAGUCAGAGCCGGCCCAAUGACAUCAUGUCGGAGGUGUGCCGCGCCAUGAAGCAGCUGGACUACGAGUGGAAGGUCGCAAACCCAUAUUACCUGCGCGUGCGGAGGAAGAACCCAGUCACGGGGAUGCAAACCAAGAUGAGCCUGCAGCUCUACCAGGUGGACAGCAGGACAUACCUUCUCGACUUCCGUAGCAUCGACGAUGACAUGUUAGAGACUAAAUCGGGCACGGCCACCCCCCACCGCUCGGGCUCCGUGGGGAACUACCGCACGACCCUUAAGAACGAUGCCGAGGUGGCCGAGGCCAAGGGAGACGGUGCCUCCGCCCCCGUGCCUGCCGCCACCCCGGCCAAACCCUCCGAGGGCUCGCUAGCGUCCUCGCUCACCUCGUCUGUGGACUCCGCCGGGGGCGACGGCAUCGCGUACCCCCGCCCGGGCAGCCACACCAUAGAGUUCUUUGAGAUGUGCGCCAAUCUCAUCAAGCUACUUGCACGAUAGCUACUAGCAGCAGCAAUCAAUCCGCUGGCCUUCUUUUUCUUCUUCUUUUUUUCUUUCUCUCCUCCUGUCUGAGUGUCUUUAUAAGCAAUAAGCAUGCAACCAAUUCAUGGCUCAAGUCAUCCUUCUCGAGGUGAGGAUGUGCUGGUGGUUCCAUGGCACUGAUGCAAGUUUGCAUCUCCCCCCCCCCCCC